AUGCGCACUCCUCAGCUUCUUGCACUGGCCGUGGCAUUGGCCACUUCGACCAUGGCCAACCCGGUUCCCAACCCGGCUGCCGCUGAUGAACCUGCGUGCACCACAACCAUGAUCAUGGGUCCAAAAUGGACAUCCGGCCCUACUAGAACCGUUUGGACCUCGACUACCACUGCCACAUCGGAAGUUGACUGUGGCGGCUGCAACGACGUCACGCAGUCUACCUUGUUCUUGGGAGUAGGUCCCGUCGUCGAAUUCACCACGACCACUACCAUGGCAGAACCAAGCACCACUACCGCGUACGCGUGCGCAGCGUCCGCUGCGAAUCAAUAA